UUUCCUGCAGGUGAAUUUCUUUCGCAUUGUGAUGAAGCUGGAAGAUUGCAUCCAUCUCUGCUCAGAGCCCUAGUCAAAGUUUUAAUUAAUUUUUUUUUUACUAGUUCCAGUUUGCAACUUGGUUUCGUAAUGAGGGAACAGCCGGGAGGGUGGAAGGAUGUUUGCAGUGUGCCAGCAAGACAUCCCCCUGAACGCUCCGUUCCAUGAGGGCAAGCGGGACCCCACGCUGGGCACGGCCUUCCUUGCUGAACGGGAGCUCAGGCAGGACAAGAAUUUCAACUUUGUGGCAGAAGGGUAUGACAGCAACGAGAACUGGAGCCAGGCGGUGGUUGGGACCCGGAUGGAGGGGGGCUCCGGACAGAUAGAAAACACGACAAAUCCAGCCGAUAAUCUGAUGUUAUUAGUGCAGAGACAGACAGCUCAGGGCAGGCUUAGGGACGCUGCCCGAGGGCUGACGUCAGACGAGCUGGGCCUCUCUGAGGAGGAUGUGCGCAGCCCCCCGAAGGGAGCCGAGCUCAGCGGCGCUGAGAAGGAGAAAGCGGCUACCGAGGACAUGGCCAAAGAGUGUGGCAAAUUGGCUGGUUCCCCCUUAGAGGACAAUGGCUAUGCCAGCAGCUCCCUCAGCAUCGACAGCCCCGACAGUAGUACCGGCAAUGCCUGGGAGGCACCCGCUGCUGCCACCAAAGACCUGAGGAACCAGCCAGCGCCUCAGGGGCCCGACGCUGAUCCCGAAAACUCCUCCGACUCAGACACUGUCUUCCCGGUGCUGGCCGAGGCCUUCCAGAACCUCCAGGACAAGAUGAGAUUCAAGGAGCGGGAGAAGGAGAAACACCACAUCCACCUGGUCAUGUAUCGGCGCCUGGCCCUGCUGCGCUGGAUCCGCGGCCUCCAGCAGAAAGUGGUGGACCAGCAGAACCGGCUGCAGGAGAGCUUCGACACCAUCCUGGACAACCGCAAAGAGCUCCUCCGGUACAUCCAGCAGGGCGUGGUGUGCCCCAAAGCACCAGCUCACGCUGGCCUGUGAAAGACGCUCAUCCCCCAUCUGUCACAGUUCAGAUCCCCCCCAACCCCUUCCCCAGCUCUAACCCGUUGUUUCGCCUGAGCCCAGCAUCCAGGAUUGGGCCCCACAGAGCUUUGCAGUCAGCUCCCAGGUUCUGCACGGGAGGCUGGCGGGAGAUGCUCUUGCCUUAUGCACCCAGGGAUUUCGUGACGCAUGAGGCCACUAGACCUGACGAACGCCACGUGGUAUUUAUGAGCUGGCACAACGUAGCUAGAAGCACGUUCCCGUCGGUUUCGGUAAAUGACUCUAGCCGAGAG